AAUGGCUCAAUUGUUUAAUAGAAAAUUAAAUUUACUCUUACCCUGUUUAACUAAUUCAAUUGUCGACUACUUACCAACAAUUAACCUUUUGAUUCCAAAAUCAAGAUCAAUUUCCCAUCUCACCAGUGAUUCUAAUCUACUUGAAGCAACAACUAAAUCAAAUCAAUUCCAACUUCAAUCAAAAAGAUGGAUGUUCAUUCAAACCCAAGACACACCGAAUCCUAAUAGUUUGAAAUUUCUACCCGGUGUAACUGUCCUUGAUUCUGGAACAAUUGAUUUCUCUGACCGAUUAACUGCUGCGAAAAGAUCACCAUUGGCCAAUGCUCUAUUUCGUAUCGAAGGAAUUAAAUCAAUAUUCUUUGGCCCUGAUUUUAUUACGGUGUCAAAGGUGGAUGAUGAUGUUGAAUGGAAGGUAAUUAAGCCCGAAAUUUUCGCUACUCUAGUUGAUUUUUUCUCCUCUGGCCUUCCAAUUGUAACCCAAGUCAAAGACGAACAAUCAAUUGCCGGAGAAAAUGAACCAGAAGAAGAUGAGACAAUCUUGAUGAUCAAAGAGCUUCUCGAAACGAGGAUUAGGCCUACGGUUCAAGAAGAUGGAGGAGAUAUCAUAUUUAUGGGUUUUCAAGAAGGAAUUGUUAAAUUAAAACUCCAAGGAGCUUGUAAUUCAUGUCCAAGCUCAGUGGUCACUCUUAAAAAUGGAGUCCAAAACAUGUUACAAUUUUAUAUACCCGAAGUACUUGGUGUUGAACAGGUUGAAGAUAUUACUGAUAAAAUAGCAAAGGAAGAGUUCGAGAAAUUUGAAAAUGAAAAGAAAUCAAAUAACAACAAUUAAAUAACAUGAAGAAUUAUUUUUAUCAUCACUAAUUACCUAUUCAUCAAAAUAUAAAUCAUAAAUCAUCAAGAUUAGAAACAUAAUCACAAAAAGACAAGGAAAGAGAGAGAGAAACUAACAAAGUGUUUUUGUAAUCAAAUCAAUUAAAUUGUUCCAUCGUCAUGAAAAAUUUUCCUCUUUUCCAUCAAACAAUUAACCAAUAAUCACAAGAAAAUUGAUCUAAAUUGCUGUGGGCCACCAAAAAGAUGUAACUAUUAACCAGCACUAUGAGUAUACCCAAGAUUUUGUAUAAAAAGGCAAAAGUAUGUGAUCAAAUCCAACGAUUG